CCAAGGUGGCUCCGCUGAUCCGAUCAGUGCCCGGCUGUCUGCUCACCCCCGUACCCGCCAUCGGUACUUCCGCCGCUUUCACCUAACCAACACCAGCCAAGCCAUGAAGAUCUGGACAUCAGAGCACAUAUUCAAUCAUCCUUGGGAGACAGUAACAAAGGCAGCUAUGCAGAAGUACCCAAACCCCAUGAACCCAAGCGUCGUUGGAGUGGACGUUCUGAACAGAAACGUAGAUAAAGAGGGAUGCCUGCACAGUGAACGGCUGCUCAGCACAGAGUGGGGCCUUCCAUCUAUAGUCAAAUCUAUCAUCGGUAACACGCGGACAUGCACGUACAUCCAGGAGCACUCUGUUGUGGAUCCCAAAGAAAAGACGUUUGAACUUCAAUCCUCAAAUAUCACCUUCACAAACAUGGUGUCUGUAGAUGAGAAGUUAACAUACAAACCACACCCUCAAGAUCCUGAGAAAACAAUACUAACCCAGGAGGCCAUCAUCUCAGUGAAAGGAGUCAGUCUCAGCAGUUAUCUGGAGGGUGUUAUGGCCAACACUAUCUCGACCAAUGCCGGGAAGGGUCGUGAAGCCAUGGAGUGGGUGAUCAGAAGGCUGAAUGCGGAAAUAGAAGAAAUUGCAGCCACUGCACGCGGGACCAUACGAACACCCAUGGCCGCUGCUGUCACUGAGAAAUGACACCUCCUUCUCAAGCUUAACCUCAGCUCUACAUCUUGGUGCAACUAAUGCCAGCACAACUAAACAACCCCCCCCCCCCAUGUUGCAGCAGUUUUUUCUAUUUUGUAAUACUCCUCGAUGGUGAAAUUCCUCAGUCUCUUCUAACUUAUUAUCUAUAUUAGAUAUGUUUCGUACUGCAACAUGAAGUGAUUCCAAUGAGCAGCUUCAGGAGAAGCCUCUUGGUGGGACUGCAUUGAGAAACCCAGGAAGACUGGGUGGUGUGCUCAGGGACAAGGUUGAAUGCCACUGAUAUCUAUGUUUGGAAAUUUGUGGAACGAGUCAAGGUUAACAACAAGUUAGUCAAGGCAUCAGUUCACUCAGAUGAGAAAAGGUGCCAAACUUUUAAAACUACUCUUUGUCAGAGAUGACUGACAUACAACCUCAUACUGCCAGUUGGUCUCCUAACCGAGCCCUGUGGGUUCACUGAAAGGAAGUUAUAAGAAAAACAUAGUUUGAUGGUAGGAAAUGUCCUGGCUUUGAUUUGGUGAGGCACAAUCCAGUACAAAGCAUGUAAAUAAUAAACAGUAGGGUGUUCAUAUUUUCAGGAUAAGUUAAAUGAUUUACACAGCCAUGGGGAGAAACCUCAUCAGGGCUGUUUAUUAAAGAGCAACAAACCUAAAUAGGUUUUUCUCAGCCAUCUCAGUGAUGAUAAGAAAGCCUGUGCCAGGCAUCAAAUAUGAGCCUGAACAUAAGUACUGUAUUCUGACAUGAUGGGAUCAACAUAUAUACUUUGGGGUUUUUUUUUUUUUGAUGGAGUAAUAUAGUGGACCAUCUAAAAUGCAGUGUUUGUAGACUUUCAAUCAUUCUUCAAUUUUUACACUUGGGAGUUUGCAAGUUGUUCAAAUGCUUUGUUUUACAGUUGAAGCACCACACCAGUAGUUGCUAACUAACAUAGAAUGAACUAAUACUGAAUUCUAUUUAGGUUUAUCUACAUGAAAAUGAAUCCUGUUCCCCCCUUCGAUAACACAAGGAACAAAGCACACCUGCAAAGUGUGAAAAGCAUUACAAGCGUUUAAAUCUAUACUUAAGCUUUGUCUUUGGCUUAUAUGGAAUAAUUUUAAUUAAAAAAUAAAUUUCUAAAUUUACAAAAGAGAACUUUAAUACCUUUGCAUUGAUAAGAGCAAAAGUAGUUACAACAUGCAUUUAUAUUCAUGAUGAAAGUGGCUUGUCUUCAUACUGUAAUCUGUAACAGGAAUAUUUAUUGAGUGAAAUGGGUGACGUGUUGAAAUGAGCGAUGUGAUGUUACAUUCUUUGUUGCCAGUUGUACUUUGUGGAUUUCGUUUUGGUACUUUGGAAAAUGAAGUAGCUCGCUUGGUACUUAAUUUAUCAUGUUAAAUAUAGAGCGGAAAGUUGUAAAUGCACAUAUAUGCCCCUGAUUUCUCUAAUGUGAAGUAUCCAAGAAUACAAAAACCUCUUGGUGGUUUAAAUGGCAAAUAAUUCUACUGUAGAAUUGAAUUUGCUAUUCUAUUUUUGUAUUAUUAUAAAGACACUAAUGCAUUGUGAUUCUGUUUUGUUCUUAAUGGUAAUAGGAUGGUGCUGACAGUGAAUGGACUGCACCUAAACCUUGUUCUGUGAUCACAUCACAUAAUUCAACCAUAGAGAUGGUCACUGGAAAAAUAUGGGCCUGUUUUUGGAGGUGACGUCUGAGAGUGGAAUAGUAAGCUAAAGUGAUUCAAUAGUAGAUUAUCAGAAAGACCCUGAAAUUUUUGAUGACCUUUCCUUUAUUUUUUUAAAGGGCAUCAUUAUUUUCAACAAAGCCAUGCAAUAAUUUAAGACACACAAAUUGGGCACACCUAGGUGAGUUGCCUGGUAAAACUACAUUCUUCCACUGUUGGUGACAGUUUCACCGGUAUGCCUGUGAAGCAAAUUAAAAACAAGCCACACUGUCAUGCUGUGGCCAAAUAUUACAAUUCUCUUGUUCAUCUCCCUUGUGUUCAAAGUUCAAAUUGUAUAUUGUGUUGACAUUUGGCGAGGAUAAGGCUACAUAAAUUAUUUACCUCUAAAAAUAAUAUUCUGUAAUGAUGAUAUUGUCAACAUUCACAUUUGACAUGCUCAUGCAUAUAUAUAUGGAAGAAAGUUGAAAUGCUGCUGUUUGAGUUUCCUAUCUGAGAGAAUGUGUGAGAUGUAUAGUUAGAAUGAAUAAAGAUUUCAAGCAUCCUA